UUUGCCGCAACAAGACGACCCCUUAAAACAAAAAUUCCCAAAAUCUCAAACCCAAAAUCUGAAAAUUUCCCUCAAAAACUCUCUGCUGAAUAUGGCGCCAUAUAUAUACAUACACCCAUCUCUCUUUCCCUUCCUCAGCUUACUCUCCUUCUCUUACCCCCUACCCCCUUCCCCCCUCCCCCCCCCACACAGAGGGAGAGAAAGUAGCAAGCAAUGGCAGAUCAAGAAAGUUUUGUUAGAGUUACAAGAUUGGCCAAGAAAAGGGCAGCAGAAGCAAUGGUUCAGCACCUGCAACAGCCCAACAAGAAGAGAGUUGUGUUGGGUGAGAUUCAAGAUUUGUCUAAUGAGGGUAUCAAUCAGAAGAAGGUCAAAUCUAAGCAGACUAUUAAGAGGAAGGUGAAAAGAUCUGUUACUGAGAAAGAUAAGGAAUUUGACGUUGAUGCUAAAUUGGAUGAUGACCCACAGAUGUGUAGUGCUUAUGCUUCUGAUAUAUAUGAAUAUUUUCAUCAAUUGGAGAUUGAGAAAAAGAGAAGGCCAUUGCCUGAUUACCUUGAAAAGGUUCAGAAGGAUGUGAGUGCAAACAUGAGAGGGGUUUUGGUUGACUGGCUGGUCGAAGUUGCAGAGGAAUACAAGCUUCUUUCGGACACAUUGUAUCUUACUGUUUCCCACAUUGACAGAUUCUUAUCAGUGAAUGUCAUCUCUAGGCAAAGACUUCAGCUUUUAGGUGUUUCCUCAAUGCUCAUUGCUGCGAAGUAUGAGGAAAUCAAGCCUCCACAUGUCAAGGAAUUUUGUUACAUUACAGCCAAUACAUUUACAAAGAAAGAUGUUGUGAAGAUGGAGGCUAGUGUGUUACAAUCUCUCAAAUUUGAAAUGGGUAGUCCCACAACCAAAACAUUUCUCCGACGAUUUACUAGAGUUGCUCAAGAAGAUGUUAAAAACCCUGAUUUGCAGUUUGAGUUUCUCGGCUACUACCUAGCCGAAUUAAGUUUAUUGGAUUACAACUGUGUGAGAUUCUUGCCUUCUUUGGUAGCUGCUGCUGUGAUAUUCCUUUCAAGGUUCACAUUACAGCCAAAGUCACAUCCUUGGAGUCUGGCCCUUCACCGUUGCUCGGGAUAUAGAGCAGCAGAUCUGAAAGAAUGUAUCCUUAUCAUACAUGACCUGCAAUUAAGUAGACGAGGAAGUACUUUAGCAGCUGUGAGGGACAAAUACAAGCUGCACAAGUUCAAAUGUGUAUCAACAUUGUCUUCUCCUCUGGAAAUACCGGAUUCAUUCUUCGAAGAUACUAUAUAAUGAUUUAUUGCUCAUGCUUGGAAAUUGGUAUGAGAGUUACAAUGAUACCUGGAAGAGAUGGAACUGCCUUCUGUAUGCUGGCUAUUGCUGCUUAAAAGGACGUCAUUUUAUUUGAUUUGGUACAGUCCUCAUGAUGUAUAAAAGUUAUUGAUAUAAUCUUGAAAUGUCUCUGCUUGUCUAGCUUAAAGAUAUGGAUAGUAAAAAUAAAUGUUUCUUGUAAUAAGCUGGAAAUAACUUAAGAUUACUAUAUUAUAUGAAAAGGUAUGAAUUUAUACAGUAUUACUACCUUCAUUUGCAA